AAAUUUUCAUUUAUGAGAGAUGAGACCUCGACUGUACGCUCUAAAGAGCAUAAACUGAGUUUUGUGAAGACUCGCAUCCGCUCUUUCUCUUUUUUUUUCCUAGGGUUUGCUCAAAGUUUCAAUGGAAUCCCCAAUUAUAGGCGCCAUUUCUUUUCUGAAAUCCUGUCUCUCCCCAUCCAAGUAUGAGGAAGCAAAACAAGCUUUGAUCUACGUUGAGUCGAGUUUGAAACGCGAUGAGGCGGAAAUUACUCGGAAGCUCGACAAUGCAAUCAAGGAGUCCCACAUCCUCUCAAAGCAGCUGAAACAUUACAAGGAUGACCAUGCCGAGUCGCUACUCGCUAGCCGCUACUCUGAGCACGAACUCGAUAAGUCCAGAAACGAGUGCGCUCAAUUACAAGCUGGACUCCUUGCUGCGAGACAAGAGGUGCAGAGGCUGAAAGAUGAGGAGGUGAAAUUCGGGAAUUUAUCGACGGAGGCGAAGAUGUUGAAAAAGCAAAACAUGUAUUUGAGGGAAGAGAAUGUGGGUUUGGAGGCGGCCGUGGCGAAGAGUGAAGAAAAACUGAGGGAUUGUCGGUUGGUAUGUGAGGGUUUGAAAGGGAAAAUCAAGGAGUUGGAGGAGGAAAUGGCGGAGAAGGUAAAACAAGCAGAAAUUGACGGAGCUGAAAAUCUUAAGCUUAAGAUGAAGAAUUCUAAGUUAAAGGCAGAUUUAGAGGGUGUUAUUGAAGCUGCAACCGCCCGAUUUAGGUCGUUUGAGACACGGUUGUUGGACUUGGAGCACAAUGUAGCCAUUUUGAAUCACGACGACGCGGGUUCCGAUUCAGAUUCUCAAGUAUCUCAACUAGCUGAUGCAACUCAAGAUGUGCAAGAGCAUGGUAGUUUUGGGCUUGAGGCAAAAUGUGAAGGGCAAUCUGGUCAUGAAACAGCAACUGUCGAAGAGAAGAAAGCUACAACAUUGCCAAGCCAAAAAGCAACCAGUGCAACUUCUGUCCAGGGACAUCCUAGUGGGCCUGCAGGAACCCGUUCAGUUUCAGAAACACGCGUUGCUGAGAAGAAAUCUGCUCCUACACAAUGCGUUCCCAAACCUUCUGUUGUUGACUUGUGUAGUUCUGAUGAUGAUGACGAACUACCUUCGCCAAAGGGACUUAAAAGGAAACUACCAUCAUCUGAAUUUCCCUCGGGCAAUAGAACUCAUAGCGAGUCAGCAAGUUCUUCUAAGAAAGCCAUGGAAGCAGAAGGUCACUAACUAGGGGAGGAAAUGUUUGUUGAUUUACUCUAACGUAGUAAUGUUGAUCCCCAAGUAUUUUGCACACCUUUUGCUUGAUUAACUAACUGCAAGUAUUGUAAUUUUGUGAUGAAAUAUGCUAUUGUAGGGUUGUAGCAGAAGUAACACUAGUUCUAGUACUAAAAAUUAACAGUGUGUAUUUUAGAGACGGAUUAGUAAGGUUCGCAAUGAUAUUUUAUAUUGUACGAUUCUGUGUAAGCUUAUUUGUAAUAGGAGAAGCUUAACUUGUAGUGCUA